CUACUGACACUGUACACAGCGGUAAACCUUGGUCAAAAUCUAGCCUUCAGUUGCUUCAGCUUCAGAAUCAUCUGAACAGAGCAGCAGUAUUGGCGUUCUGAAAGAGUCUACCAUUGGCCUUGGCAUCUGGCCCCUCUCGAGAUGGCGCUUGUAAGGAGCAUGAAGCAGUGCAGACCGCGAGACGUGACUUGGGCUCUCAGCUGUGCUACUUAUCCAAAGCAUCUUGAAAUUGGACGAUCAUUGUCUUUGAAGUCAGUCCUGCAAUCUGGAUGCAGCAGAGAAGCAUUGGCACUGCCGUGUACUUCUGUAAAGGAAAAGCUGGUGUAUGCAAGAGCCGCCAGAACAAACCAACAGCUCACUUCAUCAGGACUUCAAGCACAUCUGCAAAGAUUGGCAAGUCAGGCAAUUGUCGCUCCCACAAUUAAAGGGCCGACAAGGAACCGAAUGCUUACAAGAAACUUGGUGUCAACAAUUACCGAGGCGGUGAAGUCUAACGUGCUGCCCGAGACAAAUAAGCAGCAGCCUGCCGAGAGCCCCCAAGCGUGUGGCACCAUUUCAGCUGAGUGGAAGCUGUCAGAGGAGAAGGUGCAGCAGAUUGACAUGUUUGUGGACCUGCUGCUAGAUUGGAAUCAGCGCAUGAACCUGACUGCCGUCACCGAACGCGAUGCAGUCAUGGACCGCCACAUCGGCGACUCUCUUGCCCUUCUUCCGGUGAUUGAGCGCGCUUUGUCUGAACAUGCCAUCAACCAGGGACGCCUCACGUCGGCCAAGCCGCAACCCCUCAGCUCAUCCACCGAAUCCACCCUCUUGCCCAACGUCGGCCCUUUAUUGCUAAACGUCGAUCCUUUAGAGGCCAGCAGCUUGGAAUUUACAAAGGGCUUUUCCCUUGCCAAUGGACGGACGAAGCAACCUGUCAAACAAAAGCAGCAACUCAAAGCGGACAGCGAAAAAGGUGCAGAAGAGGCCCCCGCAGGAGUUGCAGGCGGUGUGAACAGGCUCCGAGUGGUGGACGUGGGAACGGGGGCCGGGCUGCCGGGGCUAGUGUUUGCAAUCGUGCGCCCGGAAUGGGACCUGAUCCUUGUGGAGUCCCUGCGAAAACGGUGCAACUUCUUGGAGCACGUGGUCAAAGAGGCAGGUUUGAAAAACGUGACCGUCGUCUGGGGCCGCGCCGAGGACACCGCCCGGCUCCCCAACAUGCGCGCGAGUGCUGACGUGGCAGUGGCACGUGCCGUUGCGGACCUCCGCGUCCUGGCGGAGCUGUGCAUCCCGUACGUCCGAAAAGGGGGGCUGUUUGUAGCGGCAAAAGGGCCCAACCCCGAGGAAGAGGUUGCGGCGGCUGCGGGGGCGAUCGGCGUGCUUGGGGGAAAACUGUUGGGCGUCGAACGAGUUGCUUCCACCGGACCUGGCGGUCAGCGCACGGCCGUCGUCUGCUUGAAGGAGAAAGCGACCCCGGCGAAGUACCCCCGACGGGCUGGCGUUCCCACCAAGAGCCCCUUAUAGCCCCCGGCGUAAAUCGACCGGUCACUCGAAACCUUUUUUCCCCCGAGCGCCUCUCUUGCGCUCAAUUUCGAUCUUAAGAGGAACCAUAGGUCAAUCGGCUGUAACUUGCUCGAUGCGUGGGACAGGGGCAGAUUCUCUACUUCAGGGGGGACAGAAAAGCCGAGCAAGCGCACUUGAACCUACGUUGGGUGUCAAUGUUGGGUCGUGGCUCCCAUCGGCAUUGCCCCGGACAGAGGGUAUGGACUGGAAAAGGUCAGCGGAGCUUUUCCUUCCAAGGAAGAGCUAACAAGGGCCGACGAGCCGCCAAGACAGAGUGGCACGUGCAUGAGCAGACACGGACAGCCGGACCUCUUCAUUAUCCAAAAGCAGUGCACAACAAGGAGAGUUCUCAGGUAGCAGCAGAUCAGCGGGCCAUGCGGGCUUCAAAUCCUCGGGACAUAGCUCUCUAGGCCUACAGCCCGCUAUGAAGUUAGAUUAUUGUGUCCAAGAUUGUUGACUGACAUUGAGGAGCUAGAUUCCCCCGUGGCGUGGUGCACGAGCUUGCCCUGCAGAGCUAGACUCUCGCAUGAGCGGCUAUAGGCUGUUGAAGCACACUGACUUGCAAGGGCUGAAACGUAUUGGUUUAUUGUGUGUAGGUGGGGUGAAUGAGGACAACGGUAUGAACCGGGAGCCUUGAUGCAUACAACUUAAGCAACCGAAGGUCAGGGUCACGCGCAUUAGAUUCCUGCCAAGUCAAGAGAUAAAAUUCCUAGAGCAUGCAGCUCUGCCAGGCGAGCUACCGUCCUUGCAUGCUUCUACGUUGAUCGAUCUCUCCGUGCAUUGGCCUCAUAAUUCAUAGCCAUAUGCGCAGAUUUGAAAACAAUCACAGUGCGCACAUUCUGUGAUCAUCCGGGUGCUGAAACCUAUAGGUGGAUAGCUCCUCAUACUACUAAAAAUAACAUCAUGCUGCAGUGCUGCAGCCGGAUCAUUAUCGAGGGGAUCAAUCGACUUAUUCCGUAU